AUGUAUAAAAAUGAACUAGACUACACUGCAAACUUAAAACUUAUCGAUGAUAUCACUAUAAAAGAAUUCAAGCAAUAUGAAGUAGGUCAUAGAAAGACAUAUUCAUAACCAGAUCAAGUCCAAUUAAAACGCCAACCUGAUAGAUUGGGUACAAACCAUUAUAAUUAUUACAAGAAAUUUUGAUCAAUUAAAGCAUCACUUUACAAAUGUAUCCAAGCAUCUUCAAAUAUAUAAAGAUUAAAGUUAAGGAAUUAGCAAAACCAUUGAAUUUUGUCUAUGAAUCUAACAAUACUUAAUGUUUGAUUAAGAUAUUUGUAUCAUCAAUAACUGAUAGUCCAAAUAUAUUAAAUAAUAGUUUAUAAGUGAUUGUAAAAAUAGCCAUUAAUAGACUAGAAUAAAUCAAGAUUUUAAUUUACAGAACCACCAUCUCAUAUCACAAAAUUCAAAUGCGAUUAUGUAUACUUGUCAAUAUACACUGACAAAUACACAGAUUUGAAGAUCAAAGCAGUAAUAGGGGUUCAUUAAUUGAACACGAAUAGAAGCCUUCAGAAAAGAUAAUAAACUCCAAUGCUCUAACUUCCUAGAGAAUUAUUGACAUCUCGAGAACCAGGCAGUUAUACUUAUCGAAGUAAUCUCUCAUGUAUGAUUAUUAAUCUGAAUGUUGGUAGUGCAUAAGCCGAAAACAAGCUCAUCAUUUAUUCGAUCUAAUAAGGAAUCGUAAGUGAAAUUCAAAUUAAUAUUGGAUUUUAAGAUAAAACAUACUAAACAAAAGAAUUCAUUAAUAGAAGAAAUGAUGAAAAAAAAGUCUACCAUAUAGUAUAAUAAGAAAGUGCAUUUGCUGGAAUCUUCUUACACUCAUGAAAUAGACAGGUUGCAAUCAAGAGUGCAAAGAUUAAGAAGUGAAAUCAAGUUCCAUAUCAGCAACAUUGAUAUCUUAUGGUUAGAAUUACUAGUUAUUACAUUGCUAGCGAAAAAGAUCAAACAUUAAUAUUAUGUAUGUCUAAAUUUAAAUAGAAACGAGUCAUGAGAAUAGUUAUUAGUAAUAAGGUUUAAGUUUGUUGUAGAAAGUUCAUGAGAAUUAUGCUAAACAAGAUCAGCAGCAGAUAUUAAAAUGGAAAAAAAGAGGCUGUCUAUCUUGACACAAAUAUUCUAUUUUAUUUUGGAGCUAAACUCAUGAGAAACAAUGCUACUAAAAGGGCUUAUUCCAUUCUCAAUCAUUUUCUGUAUAGAUAUGGUCAUCUUUCCAAUGGAAUGAAUAAAAUGCAAUCAUUUUAUUUGAAGAUUAAAUAUAUUUAACAGAAAUGGAAAUAAUUCAAGAAGUCUGAAUCCAACUACUUAAAUAGGGUUGCCGAUCAAAUUAUUGAUAAAUGGGGUUUUUUAUAUAGAGAAAUUAUUGGGGAACUGUAAAAUGCUCCUAAGUCUGCUCCUGCUCAAGACAAAAAAGUGCUCUUAGAAACAAUAUCUGAUAAUCUUAACAAUUACAAAAGAUCCUUUCUUUAAUUGAAUAAUAUAUUUGAGAAAUUGGCAAGUGGACCAACUGUUUUUAGACCAAUGAAUAAUAUUAUUAUGAAGGAUAUCAUGCAUCAAUAUGUAAUAAAAAAAGGCAAUAAAUUUUAAUGA